UAUUGUAUCGAGCACUGAGCCGAGCCCGGCCCCGCCCCGCCCCCCGGUCGUCGGUCUCGCAGGAGGCGCUAUAUAUUUUAACGCGAGCAUCGCCGUCGACUGCCACUAUUCAAUUCACUCGUCGCCAAGGCCGCCAUGAGCCACCGGCUAGACGCUUUGCUCUUCUCCUCUGUCGACGGUCACGUCUCUCGAGCUGCGGUGGUCGCAGCGGGAGGCGUCGCCGGCGAGGCGCCGCGACGGAGGAGGAAGAGGCCGCGCGCCGCCGUCGACGCGAAGAAGCGGCGGCUGAGCGACGAGCAGGUGAAGUUGUUGGAGACGCGUUUCGGGGAGGAGACGAAGCUGGAGUUCGGCCGGAAGCUGCACCUCGCCGCCGAGCUCGGGCUCGACCCCAAGCAGGUCGCCGUCUGGUUCCAGAACCGCCGGGCGCGGCACAAGAACAAGCAGGUGGAGGAGGCCUACCUCGAGCUCAAGGCCAUCCACGACGCCACGCUCCUCGAAAAGUCCCACCUCGAGAACGAGGUGCUGAAGUUGAAUGACAAGCUUCUUGCAGCUGAAGAAGAACUUAAGAGAUUCUCCCUCAGCGCCACCACCGGCGGUGGAAAUGGUGGCGGCGACCCAGUCGGAAGUCCAAACUCAUCGACUUCGACUUGCCAGCCCGCAGUAUCAGAGUUUGGAGGCAUAGAGGAAGAAGCCGAACUGAGGUACCUAUACGAGUAUGAUUGCCUGAUGGAAUGGGAAUACAAUUUCUAUGGUAUGUGAAGAUUGCUGCUAUAUUCUCUUCCAUGUGAUCAAACAUUGUAAAUUACUCAAGUCCCUUCCAGCAAAUCCUAUUCUCCGACUAACAAUGACUAUCGUAUCAAGUUUUGGGGAGUGUACUUAAUUCGCUUGCUGUUCACUAGCUGUUCAAAGGUGUAAAAUUAGAAGCUGUAAAUGUAAUCCUUCAUUGCACUGGAAGUUCUGU